CCAUCUGGGCCUCAGUCACUGAAGAUCAUGAUGGCGUACAUGAAUCCGGGACCUCACUAUUCGGUCAAUGCCUUGGCUCUGAAUGGCCCCAAUGUGGACCUGAUGCACCAGGCUGUCCCAUACUCAAGCGCCCCUAGGAAGCAGCGGCGGGAGCGAACCACGUUCACCAGAAGCCAGCUGGAGGAGCUGGAGGCCCUCUUCUCCAAGACCCAGUACCCGGAUGUGUAUGCGCGCGAGGAGGUGGCUCUCAAGAUCAACCUGCCUGAGUCCAGGGUCCAGGUCUGGUUUAAGAAUCGCAGGGCAAAGUGCAGGCAGCAGCGGCAGCAGCAGAAACAGCAGCAGCAGCAGCAGAGCCCCGGGGGACAGGCCAAGGCUCGUCCAGCGAAGAGGAAGGCCGGCACAUCCCCACGGCCCUCCACAGAUGUUUGUACAGACCCCUUGGGCAUCUCAGAUUCCUACAGCCCAUCUCUGCCGGGCCCCUCAGGCUCACCUACCACGGCAGUGGCCACUGUGUCCAUUUGGAGUCCAGCCUCGGAGUCUCCUUUGUCUGAGGCCCAGCGAGCUGGGCUAGUGGCCUCAGGAUCCUCUCUCACGUCAGCCCCCUAUGCCAUGACCUAUGCUCCUGCCUCUGCUUUCUGCCCUUCCCCCGCAGCUUACGCGUCUCCAAGCUCUUAUUUCAGCGGGCUGGAUCCUUACCUUUCUCCCAUGGUGCCCCAGCUGGGAGGCCCAGCUCUCAGCCCUCUCUCAGGUCCCUCCGUGGGGCCAUCCCUGGCCCAAUCCCCCACCUCCUUGUCAGGCCAGAGCUACAGCACCUACAGCCCCGUGGACAGCCUGGAAUUCAAGGAUCCCACAGGCACCUGGAAAUUUACCUACAACCCCAUGGACCCUCUGGACUACAAAGAUCAGAGUGCCUGGAAGUUUCAGAUCUUGUAGAAGAGACUUCCGGUCCCCCCUUCCAGCUGACGCAUACCCUUUGCCUCCUCCAGCUUAGAUUCCAGAGAGUAGCCCCCAGUAAGGGACAGGAGGUAGUAAUCCUGCCGAAGGCUGUGGACAAUUCAGCCUCAGGUUCAGUCCAGCCUCAGCCCAUUCAGAGAGCCUAGCUCCCAAACAGCCUUCCCCUGAUUGAUCAAUGAAAGAGGCGCCUUCCUCUUCUGAGACAGCCCAGCAGCAAGCGAUCAGGAGUUGUCAUGAUUGUGAUCCCUGCAUCUGCUGCUUUCCCCCAGAUGUCAGUUAUGGGGUUGAGCACGUGCUCCCAGGAGACAGGAAAUCCGUCAGAACUGCCGGUGCCCUAAGUCAGGUGCUGACUCAAUGUUUGUAAUCCUAGAAUGGAAGAAACUGAGGCAGGGGGAUUGCUGGGAAUAUAAGGCCAGCCUGGGCUGCAGAGUAAAACCUCUAAAUUCACUUGGAGAUUUUGUACAGUUAGUUAGCAAAUGUCAGGUUUACACGGUAGGUUUAGGGGACUGUUCAUUUGACUUAUGUGUAUAUAUGACUUACAUAUCUGUAUCCAUGGAUAUUACAGGCGUGUGCCACGGAACGGAGCUGGGAGGUUGCCUUGUAUAAAAACAAAAUGCAAAAGAAGUUUGGUGUGACUAUUGGGGAGGACUUGAAAGAUGCAUAGAAUGUUCUAGAACCCAGUCUAGAACUGGUUCCCAGGGUCAGAUUGAGGCAGCACCAGUGCUGGGGUCUUACAGAUGUCUGUAGAAACUGAAUCUCAUCAAGAGGCUGGAAAGUCCAAUUCAUGGACCUACCUGGGUGGAGGUCUUUUAGAUGUCCAUAGAGUUCCACAUUCUAUUUCAUAAGCCAGGAGUGGUGGCAUGUGUUUGGGAUCUCAACACAGACAUGUAGAGGCUGGGGAUUAUGAGUUUAUGGCCAUCCUAAGUUACAUUACAAGUUUGAGGCCAGCCUGGGCUACAUAAUACCCCUUUCCCCUGCAAAUCCUACUUUCCAAGUCGUAAGACUGGCAAGGCAAUGGCCAUAGGACAAUGAGGUCAGGAGUCCCCCUCAUUUGAUGUUAGCUUCUCUGUUCCUUUCUUUCCCACUUUCUGGCUUCUUAGGGCUACCUUCCUGGGCUACCCAGAGUGAAACUGAUUAAAAAUGUUGGAUCCCACU